GGUCGGUGGUGCGUUGGCGAUGGUCGACCCCUCGGAAUCCUCCACGAUGUAGAUCAUCUUCGUAAGCAUAAACACAAUUAUUAGGUCUUCCGAAACUUGGUCUGGACGGGCUGGGAUCGCCAGUAGUAUUACGACUUUUGCGAUAAGAACAUCUCCGGGCAAGGACGGCAUGAACGCAUAUCGAACAAUCGUCAUCCUUGGAGUGCUUGGGACGUUCAGCCAUGUAAUCAGCAUCGGGAACGACGACUUUGUCGAUGCCUGUUUUGGAAAGGAAGGCGACAAGCCACCGCACUGCGAGUACAUCGACUUUGACGAUGUGUUCGAGAGCUCGGAUAUUAAAUUCAACUGGAGUUUUAUUACCAAGCUAACAAUCAGCAACAAAAGGAUCAUUGGAAUACCGACGAGAAUGUUCGAGUCACUACCGAACUUGGAGAGCUUCGUGGUGGUGAACAGCUUGUUCUACCGGGAGAUUGAUCCGAGCAGCUUUGUCGACUGUCACAAACUGGAGCAUGUCGAAAUAACCGGAACUAACAUCAGCUUUCUUGACACGCAUUUGUUUCCCAAGACGCCGAACUUGAAACAUCUGCUGUUCCAUCACAAUCGUAUCAACGAGAUCAAGCAUGAUGCGUUCGAAUUCUUGGUCGAACUCGAGGAGCUGAACCUCUCAUACAACAAUCUAACCAACCUGCAGAGUGGAGUGUUUCACAAGUUGAAGAAUCUGAAAACGCUCGACCUUAAUCACAACCAACUGGUUCUGCUGAGCUUCGACAGCUGGUUCCCCCCGGAUGGGAUUCAUUCGCUGGCCUAUCUGGACGCUUCCUACAACCGCAUUGUUGAGCUCGCCUGGAGUGAAAUCACCGUGAAGAAAGUCAACCUCAAGUACAACAACUUAACGAGCGUCCACAUAAGCGGCAAUUGUUCGGAACUUCACGUCUCGUACAAUACGAUCGAGUCGGUAACGGUCGGCGGCAAUUGCUCAAUUGAAAAAUUAUACCUCGCACACAACGCCAUCCGCAACUUUGGCGAUCUGCGGAAGUGUUCGGAAACGCUCCGUAUGCUGGACAUUUCCUUCAACAUUCUGCAGCGCCGGUUCGACUUUCUCGGCAUGAAACAGCUGACCGCGCUGAAUGUCGAGUGCACCAACCUCACCCUGGAGUACACGACGCUGCACGAUCUGCGCAAGCUGCGCUUCCUCGAUAUCUCGUACAACAACCUGAAGAAGAUCGACUUCGAGAACCUAACCUCGCAGCGGCUGCUCGAGCGGCUCAUGAUCAGCGGCAACCCGAUUGGGAAUAUGUCGAUCGAGUCGAUCAAGCGCAACUUCCCGAACCUGAAAGCGCUCGGCAUCUACGACCUGCCGUGGAACGAAUCUUCGCUGUCGGUUGCGAUCGAGGACCUCAAGAAGCACGACAUCAAGCCGUACAUCAAGAACGACUACCUGUUCGAGGAGUCGCUGUGUCCGCUGAGGAUCACGCGCAACUUCAGCGGAAACGGGGACGAUCACGAGGAGUCCGCUGAGCAGGGUUCUGGCGGAAGCAAAACGGUGGAGUACGUCGUGAUCGUACUGCUGGUGGUGGCGUGCUGUGGACUGCUCACGAAAGUGUUUAUCGAUAGCCGAUACUUUGGACUAAUUUUCCGCGAACGUGGCGGUCAUCGAUCGUCCAUUUCGCACGAGAGUUUGGUUAGCUGUGACUUGAAUGCAUGAGUUUAUAAUGAAGUGGGAAAAAUAAAGCCGGAAACCAUGUGACAA